AUGGCCGAUUUACUGAACGGACGAAAACAAAGCUUAAGAGGCGGCGGUUUCCGGCGAUUCUCAGCUGUGGCGAACGGUGGUGACAAACUUGGCGAAAUCUCAACGUGCGGUCAUGUCGAGGGUACAGCUGUACCAGAUGAUGACAACGACGUUUUAUGGAGGAAGCGCGACGGCCUUGUCAAGCUCUGGAUUUACGGGACGCUUGCACCACCGCUGUUCAAAUCAUCCUUCAAAACUGGUGGAACAGCCCGCGACGUGUGGCUGCGCAUAGAGAACCAAUUCCGAAACAACAAGGAGUCUCGGGCUAUUCAGCUUGACAAUGAUCUCAGGACGAAGGAGAUAGGGAAUCAAACGGUUCGCGAGUUUUCUCAGGAACUCAAGUCAAUCGCUGAUCUACUUGAGAACGUUGAUGCCCCUGUUUCAGACAAGACACUUGUCAUGUACAUGCUCAACGGGUUAAAUGAGAAAUUUGACCACAUCAUUAAUGUGAUCAAGCAUCAGAAGCCUUAUCCAACGUUUGAAGAAGCUCGCAACAUGCUUGAGCUAGAAGAAACCCGGUUGAAGAAGUCUACCAAAGUCACUGCCUCACACAAAACAAUGCCUCUUCCUCUACGGCGCUUGUAA